GAGCCAGAGUAUGUGCUUAACGAGAUCUUAGGUGGUAUGAUGAUUUAUUGAUGAUCGUGGCGAUGGUGUUUCUGGUGCGCGUCGUGCUAAUUGCUACAGGAUUGAAGUGGGGGGGAAUUAGCGCUGUUCGCGGCCGCCUGUGUGCGGGCCAAUCAGGAGUUGCCAGGUCUCGCUUAAUCGACCUAGCAACUGCUAAUUGGCUGCGCGACAGGUCCCUGCUCAAUUGCGCAGAUCUAACCUCUUGCUACUUGCUCUUAUCUAACACACCCCCUUUAGCUUAGAAACUCUUUAAGCUAACUAUUUAUGUGUGUGCAAGGUCCUUAAUUUAUUCUUAAAUUAUAUCUAGAGGCACACUGUUUAGUACUUCUAUUAACUCCCUAUUUACUAGACUAAGUUGCUAGAGGAAACCUUCCUACUUGUUUACUAGGAGUACCUUUGUAAGUCUGUCUGCUAUUAUGCUUGCAGACUAGACAUGUUCUAUAAUAAUCUUUCUA